AUGUUUAGAACAUCGCCUCGCACAGUUUUGCGAAAUCGUAUUCCGCAAUCAUCACUUCGCUUCUAUGCAACAUCUUCUCGCACACACCAAACCAUUCACUUAUCAGAUGGUCGAAAGCUAGGCUUUGCAGAAUAUGGAAGACCAAAUGGAAAACCAGUCUUUUACUUUCAUGGAUUUCCGUCAUCAAGGCUUGAAGCACAGCCCAUUGACGACAUAGCUCAACGAUGCGGUGUUCGUCUCAUUGCCCUCGACAGGCCUGGUUUUGGGCUAUCAUCACCCAAGCCUGACUAUCGCAUCACCGACUGGCCCAAAGACGUAGCGGAACUCGCAAAAACAAAGAAAAUCACCGAAUUCUCUGUAUUUGGACUCUCUGGAGGUGGUCCCUUUGCUUUGGCUUGUGCCUACGUCUUGCCUAAACGUGCACUUAUAAGUGUUGGACUGUUUGCUAGUGCACCGCCUUGGGAAGCAGGUGUUCAGCACGUCGACAAGUCUCGUCGCAUACUGAGGUUUUGCGCGAUGAAAUUUCCAAAUUUACUGGCGGGUGCCUUGAGUAUGCUCAUUGGCUCUGUUCGAUGGCUUGUUCUGACAGGGCCUGCGAUAAACCGAAUCGGAAAAUGGCUCGAUACCCAAGAUGCAAAGGAGAAACCCGGAAUUGAAAUCACAAAGUCUCACACUGAAAGAGUCGAGGAUCUUGUCAACAUGCUCCUUGACGAGCCAUUCCGUCAAGGCGCCCGUGGGACAGUCCACGAGACCAAACUGCUGUCUUCUAAAGACUGGGGGUUUAAACUCGAGGAUGUUGACUAUGACAGAGUUCAAAUCUGGCAUGGAGUGAAAGAUACGAAUGCGAAUAUUGCUAUGAUCCGGUACAUGGCGGAGCGUAUACCGAAUAGUGAGUUGACCGAGUUUGAGGAGGAUACUCAUUACACCAUGUACAAGCACAUUGAGCCAGCGCUGCGUAGUUUGGUGAACAACGAGGAGAAGAAUGAGUGA